AUGACCAGGUUUAGGUUGGAGUGUGGAGUAAGACAGGGGGAAUUGUCAUCUCCAGCACUCUUUAAUCUGAACAUCAUUAUAGACCUCGGCAACGCUCGUUUCGGCUGCUCAAUAGAUGGGCAGUGUGUAAACAGCAUUAAUUAUGCAGAUGACAUGAUGUUGUUGAGUCCAUCAGUGAAGGUGUUCCGCCUGCUGACAAUUGCUGAUGAAUAUACGCAGAAGCAUAGCCUUUUGUAUAAUGUUAAAAAGAUCGAACUUCUGGUGUUUUGGGCGGGCUCACAAAAAUUAGAAAAUGUGCCACCAAUGACCAAUGUCACUGGUGGAGGAAUCGAGCUUCGAUAA